AUGGGAGCGGAGGAGCCGGACCGGGCAGUGGGAGGCUUGUCAUUAUUGGGACCAGAAUUUCAACAAGCCGCGGCCGUUCGAUGUGUGCCUCCUGAUGCAGAUGUGGAGACGGAGCAGGGGAGCUGGGGUUCAGAAGCUGGAGGGGAUGCAGCAGGAGAUGGAGAUGAGAUGGCAACUUUCACCGCGCUCAGAAUUCCUCUGCGCGGUGAGCCAGUGAUCAGAGGCAGGAACCAGAACCACAGCCAGACAUCGGUCAAUCUCGGAUCCCCUCCUCUGGAGCACUCCACUCCCCGAGCCUCUCUUCCGAGUGCGCCAAUAUCCGCUGGCCACAAUCAACACCUCCGCACCGCCCACCGCCCCUCGCAGCGAGGUGGAGCCAUCACUCAACUUCAGUCUGUGGCUUCGCUUAUCUCUGGCAGCGCGCUUCCCUCCCCCAAUCUGGCUCAUCCGGCACUUCCACCGUCCACCUUCCACCUUCCCCUGCCCCGUCACUGGCUGUUGUCUUUACACCUUGCUCGUUUUUGUGGCCAUGGUCUCGUGUCGAAUGGAUCCCAACUUGGCCAAGACCAAGUCGGAGUGCAGCCCAAGAAUAUGGCCAAGUCGUUGGUGUUGUCGUCGGCUAAGGGCGUUAACUGGGUUAAACGCUCGUUGACAGUUUUAUGCCACAACCCAAGCGAGAUGCAACUACAGCUACGGUCAAUGACAAAGCGGCGUGUCAGCAUGAUGAAGACGACGACCGGCUACCUGGCGCUGAUGGGCCUGGUGCUUCUCCUACUGGUGGACAGCUCGGUGGCGGCACGCAAGCUGCUGCCCAAGCGGCCGGUGAAACCGUUGAAGACAUUUCCGCGCAACAAUGCCACACCGAUACCAGCAACGGGAGCGGGAUCGGUGGCCGGAUCGGGAUCGAUUCUGAACGGAAGCGAGCUACCGAAACCGUUGACGCUGCAGUCUGGCGGCGAGCCAGCGGAAGCGAUUGUCGCCUCGCCAGCAGCAGCUGGAACAGCAGCACCGAUACCCGUUGUGCCAGCUUCACCAGGUUCUCCACCUGCUGCUGCCGGUGCUGCGGCUGCUGCUUCUCCAGAAACCAAAGCCGAUGAGCUAUCGGUGGGCACCCCUUCAUCGAGCUCCUCGGCGGACGAUGAGUGCGAACCGGAUAUGAUCGGCUUUGAGCUUAUAACAGGGUACGUGCUAUCGGCGCCAUCGAGGCAAUUGGAAACGCUGCCCGGCACCCUCAUGCUGACCGACUGCCUGGAGGCCUGCCAGGCCAAUGAAUCUUGCAGUGCGGUUAAUUACGAGACAGGACUGUGCGUCAUGUUCCGCAGCACCGCCGAUCAGUUGCCAGGUUCACUUUCGCGCUCACAGUAUCCCGUCUUCACCGUUUACGCUCAGAAAUCCUGCUUCGGAGUGAGACCCUGCUCGAAGGCCUGGUGCAUUGAUCGCGUCCAGGGCUACCGGCUGCCGGAGCGGGCCAAGGCCAGCCAGAGCGUGGCAACGCGACGGGAUUGCAUCGAACUGUGCCUGGGCGAAACGGAGUUCACCUGCCGAUCUGCCAACUACUAUGCGCACUCUGGCCUGUGCGAGCUCUCGGACAUGGAUCGCAUUACGCUGUCGGAUGAGGCAAACAUUGCGGCCUACGAUGGCGCCGACUACCUGGAGAACAACUGCGCCGAGGAGCCCAGCAAGCUGUGCGAGUUCAAGCGCGUCGCGGGUCGCAUUCUGAAGACGGUGGACUCGGUGCACCAGAACGUGCAGAGCCUGGACGAGUGCCGUGACCUCUGCCUAACGGCUCCGUUCCGGUGCCACUCCUACGACUACAAUGAGACCGGGGAGUUGGUCUGCCGGCUGUCCCACCACAGUCGCGCCACCCUGACGGAUCUCUCGGAGCCGUAUCUGAGCAUCGAGGAGGCGGCCACCUAUGAACAGUCCGCUUGCUACAAUGUUUCCAUCGAUUGCCGUUCCGGCGAAAUGGUGACCAAGAUCCGUACAUCCAAGCUGUUCGAUGGCAAGGUCUAUGCCAAGGGAGCACCGAAAUCCUGUGCCGUGAAUGUGAACAACUCGUUGGAGUUUGAUCUGCGAAUGCGUUACAAUGAUCUGGAGUGCAAUGUCCGACAGAGUGCGUAUGGCAGGUAUAUGAACGAUAUUGUGAUCCAACAUCAUGACAUGAUUGUCACUUCAUCGGAUCUGGGGCUAGCAGUCUCCUGCCAAUAUGAUUUGACCAAUAAGACGGUGGUGAACAAUGUAGAUCUGGGCGUUACCGGGGAGAUCGAGUCGACGCUGAGCGAGGAGAUCAUUGUGGAUUCGCCGAACGUCAUAAUGAAGAUCACCGCACGUGAUGGCAGCGACAUGAAGCGCAUCGCCGAGGUUGGCGAUCCGCUGGCAUUGCGCUUUGAGAUCGUCGACGCGAACAGCCCGUACGAGAUCUUCGUCAGGGAACUGGUGGCCAUGGAUGGGACGGACAGCGCCGAAAUCACACUGAUCGAUGCCAACGGCUGUCCCACGGACCAGUACAUAAUGAGUGCCAUGCAAAAGCUGGCCAGCAAUCGCAAGGUGCUGCUCUCACAGUUCGACGCCUUCAAGUUCCCCUCCUCGGAGCUGGUGCAGUUCCGCGCCUUGGUCACGCCCUGCAUACCGCGCUGCGAACCUGUUAUCUGCGACAACGAUGAGAACGGCGAGCUCAAGUCGCUGCCGUCCUACGGUCGUCGCAAGCGUUCGGUGCUCAACGGCACUGAUGGCGUUGAGCUGGCCAUUAAGUCGGAACGCCAAAAACGUGAUGUGAGUCAUCAGGCGGCCGGCGAUGAGAACAUUCUGCUGGUGCAAUCGAUACAAAUCACCGAUAAGUUCGCCUUCAAUGGCGCCGAUGGAGGUGCAGGCGCUGGAGGACUCGAGGACGGGCUGGCCAAAUUGCAACUGGAGCUGGGCAACAAGUCGGACACUUGCAUAAACGGUUAUGGCUUCAUAAUUGCCGGUGCCCUGUUCCUCCUGCUCCAACUGACGGUCAUCGCUGUCUGGGACAAUAUGCAGAAGCGCGCGUUACACAAGCGAUAA